AUGUCCCAGCUCGCGCCGCCGUCGGCGCCGUUCCUGGGCGCGAGCGAGCCGGGCAGCCCGACGCCCGGCCCGCCCACGCCGCGCGACUCGUACGCCUCGACGCCGACGCAGAACGCGCCGCUGCUCUCCGCCGGGGAGCGCGGCGGCAGCUCGCCCGACUUGCCUGGCGUAUAUUCAAGCAGCAAUGCAAGACGGCCGUGGUAUAAACGCCCGCUGUGGUGGCUCGUGGGCGGCGCGGCGUUCGUCGCGGUCGUGCUCGUCGUGGUGCUCCCCGUGGUGUUUACGGUCGGGAAGAAGGACGGGGUUGUUGGUGGCGGGAGCAGUAGUGGCGGCGGUGGCGCCAACCCGCAGAGCCCGACGGGCGCGACGACCGGCGGGAAUGGGUCGGAGGUGAUUAUGGAGAACGGAUCCAAGUUUACCUACAUAAAUCCCUUUGGCGGCUUCUGGGUGCAGGAUCCCAACGACCCAUUCAACGACAACGCACAAUGCAACGAAUGGACGCCCCCGCUCAAUACCACCUGGGACUGGGGCACCAACCGCGUAUUCGGUGUCAACCUUGGCGGGUGGUUCGUGAUCGAGCCCUUCAUCAUGCCCUCGUUCUUCCAAAAGUAUAAUGGGACGGUCGACGAGUGGACGCUCAGCGAGGCCAUGGCCAACGAUACCGCCAGCGGCGGGCUGCAGCAGCUCGAGGACCACUACAACACCUUUAUCACUGAACAAGACUUUGCCGAAAUCGCCGGCGCGGGCCUCAACUGGGUGCGCAUCCCGAUCCCCUUCUGGGCGAUCGACGUCUGGGACAACGAGCCGUUCCUCGCCAAGGUCUCGUGGAAGUACAUCCUGCGCGCGCUCGGCUGGGCGCGCAAGUACGGCCUGCGCGUCAACCUGGACCUGCACACGAUCCCGGGCUCGCAGAACGGGUACAACCACUCGGGCAAGCUCGGCUCGAUCAACUUCCUCAACGGCAUCAUGGGCGUCGCGAACGCGGAGCGCACGCUCGACUACAUCCGCAUCCUCGCCGAGUUCAUCGCGCAGCCCGAGUACCAGAACGUCGUGCCCAUCUUCGGCAUCAUCAACGAGCCGCUGCUGGGCAUCAUCGGCCAGGACCAGCUCACGCGGUUCUAUCUGCAGGCGUACGACCGCAUCCGCGCGGUCACGGGGAUUGGCGAGGGCCACGGCCCGUAUAUCAGCAUCCACGACGGGUUCCAGGGCUUGGGCAUCUGGAAGGACUUUUUGCCCGGCGCGGACCGCUUCAUUCUCGACACGCACCCGUAUUUUGCGUUCGGCGGGAUGCAGGACGUGCCGAUCGCGGUACCUGACGGCGACGGCGACAAUUACGGCGGGACGUGGCCUAAGCAAGCGUGUCUCUCGUGGGGGAUUGGACAGAACCAGAGUCAACUCGACUUUGGCGUGACCAUCGCGGGAGAGUUCAGCGCGGGCUUCAACCCGUGCGGCCUGUUCCUGCAGGGCGUGAACGAGAACACGCCGGACUAUUGCCCCUUCUGGAUGGACUCGUCACAGUGGAACGAGACCGUCAAGGCUGGUCUCAUGCAGUUCACCCUCGCCAGCAUGGACGCACUGCAGAACUGGUUCUUUUGGACGUGGAAGGCGCGUCCACCUCUCCCCUCUAGCAUCGGCAACUCCUCGACGACCAACACCGUCCAGUGCCCUCUCUGGUCGUACAAACUCGGCCUCGACAACGGCUGGAUCCCCAAGGACCCGCGCCAAUCCAUCGGCAAGUGCGGCGCGCUCGGCGUGCAGGCCCCCGUGCAGUUCAACGGGUCAUACCAGUCCUGGCAGACGGGCGGCGCGGGCGCGGGCACCAUCGACCCGACCGUGUCCGCGUCGUACUCGCAGUGGCCGCCCGCGAGCAUCAGCGGCGCGAGCGUGCCCGUGACGGAGCUCCCGCAGUACACCGCGACGGGCGUCGUCGAGACGCUCACGAAUCCGAGCAUCUCGGGCAAGGCGAGCAGGACGGUGAGCAGCCUUGCGUGGGCGGAUCCGAGCGAUACGGCGAGCGCGGCGACGGAGAUCAGUGGCUGCGAGUACCCGGAUGCGUGGGGGCCCGCGUCGUUGCCGCCCGUGUGUACAGGUCAGGCGGCGAAGAGGGCGGUGCCGGAACCUCUGGUCACAGCUGCGCCCGAGCGGAGACGAUGA